AUGUUUGCGGCCACGCAGGCUGCGACGACGGGAAAUUCAUCGACCACCGGGACUCCAAGUUAUCAGAAUAGUGCAGCACAAGCGCAACGCGAAGCACUCCACCGGACCAUCGCCCACUCCUACAUUUGGGCGUUGCUGGGUGUUGUCGCCUUGUUACUCGCCUAUUCAUGGACCUUGCGGCUCAACGCACACAUUCGACACUUGGCCUCCAUGUCAGGCGCAGGCGCUCUUCGAUACUUUUCUAGCUCCUCGCCCGCCAUCAGUCUAAGCAAGAGCAAGUUGCUAUACGCGCCGGUCCUCUUCUAUCGACGGGCACGAGAGAUCAGAUUUUCUAAACAUAUCACACUGGGGACAGUUCCAACACGACUGCAAACUCUAUUCAUUAUGUCAGUUGUCAUCAUCAAUUUUUUCCUCUGCACCUGGAACAUCCCAUGGUCGCACGCAGAGCAGCAGGUUUUGCCUAUUCUCAGAAACCGGACCGGUACACUGGCGAUAGCCAACAUGAUCCCAAUCAUGGUCAUGUCGACAGUGAAAAACCCCCUGAUAACGAUGCUGGACAUUUCGUACGAUACAUUCAAUCUGAUGCACCGCUGGUUUGGUCGUCUCACUAUCUUGGAGGCCACUACUCAUGUCCUGUGUUGGCUCAUUGCAAAAGUGCAGUCAAGCAGCUGGGCAGCAGUGAAGGCGUCACUGAACAGUUCUUUCAUUUACAGUGGCUUGAUUGCCGCCAUCAGCCUCGUCCUCAUCUUGUUCUCAAGUCCCAAGAUGAUCCGAAGCUUGGCUUACGAGUUUUUCCAUCACCUACAUGUCGUCCUGGUUGUGUUGGUCCUGGCAUUCCUCUGGAUGCACCUUGACGGUACAUAUCAAAAGGGCUUUUUGCUUGGAGCGAUUAUAAUUUGGGCCACAGCAAGAUUCCUCAGACUCGCGACAUUGGUUUACAGAAGUAUUGGAAGUGGUGGGACCAAGGCUAAGGUGGAACCCCUCAACGGUGGCGUGGUGAAGAUCACGAUCACUAACCCGAGGCCUUGGACCUAUCGACCCGGCCAAUCGCUAUAUUUGACAAUCCCUUCAAUCGGCCUAUGGACUGCGCAUCCCUUUUCUGUCGCAUGGUCCGGGGUCGAAGAAGCUUUGAACCGAUCGUCAUCCCUCAAAUCCAAUUACAGCGAAAAGAGACCUGCCAUUCAUAUAUACUCCAAGGACAUUGAGAAACGUGGAGACGAAACAAUCUCCCUGAUUGUCAAAAAGCAAAACGGCAUGACAAACAAACUCUGGCAGCGGGCAAUGACUGCAGGAGCAGGAUUGGAGGUCAAUGCGUUGAUUGAAGGACCUUACGGAAACGAACGAAGUAUGUCAAGCUACGGAACUGUCCUCCUCUUUGCAAGCGGUGUCGGCAUUACACAUCAACUUGGGUAUGUCAAACAGCUCGUUGAAGGCUACGGACAUGGUACCGUAGCGGCGAGACGAGUCACGCUUGUGUGGGUUAUACCGUCUACGGAAUGUCUCGACUGGAUCCGAUCAUGGAUGCAUGAGAUCCUAUGCUUGGAAGGACGCAGAGAGGUGCUCAAAGUUCUCUUAUACGUCACUCGGGCCAACCUCAGCCAGCCUAUCCGAAGCCCAAGCGAACACGUUCAGAUGGCACGAGGACGACCGGACGUCAAGGCCCUCAUUGCGGCGGAGGCACAGCAGAAAGUUGGUUGUAUGGGCGUGAGUGUCUGUGCUGGUGGGGGCCUGGCAGAUGAAGUCAGGCGUGGGUGUCGGACGAUGCUUGACAAGGGCGUAAAUGUGGAUUUCAUUGAGGAAGGCUUCGGGUGGUGA